AUGCUGGCAUUCUCUGUUAUCUUUCUUGCAUUCUCGCUGCAGUCUUGCUGGGCCCAGAGUUCAUGCCCAGCUGUGACCCAGCACUUGACGAACCCUCCCUAUGACAACUACUUCUACUCGGACUGCCACAGUGAUUCGCAGGCCGUGGUUACCAGUCCACUCCCCGACUCGAACUUGACUAUAAUCGGCCCUCGACUGAUCGUUGCGUGGCCUGCCGGCAACAGCGGCAUUUGCACCUUCUUCCAACCUCAAAAUGGCCCCAAUGGAUCGCUGGCCAUAGAGCUGGUCAACUCUACUGUAGGGUCUCCGCUGGGUCCGGUCUACAAAAUGGCCCAGGGGUCGCCAAAUCCAUUUGUUGGUGUCCAGGGAGUCAUUUCGUUCAACACGUCUACCACAUUGACCAUCCCAAUUCUCGGCAGUAUCAGGACCAUCCGAGAUUUUACAGAGGGUCCUAGCCUUCUUCGCCCGGUUAUUCAGGAUGCCAUCAAUAUCACAAGAUCGAACGGUACCGGAGCGACCCUCUCGCGACUCUGGCUGGACAAUGUCACCACGACCACGUUCACUCUGGUCCCAUACCAGAACCGGAGUGCCAAUAUCACAAUCAACCAGCGCAACAAGACCAUUAGCUUCCCGGAAGGGUUCUACCUGUUCUCCGCAAGCUUCAACUAUCCACAGCUCACGCAGCUCCCAAAAACACAGGUCCUGAACACCGCCUCGCAGAACUUAAUCACCCAACAGCCGGAUCAAACUACGUCGCUCUCAUUUCUCUCAUACACUGAAAAACUACUUGCAGGAGCAUGGAGAUUCCUCACCUACUUUGGUCGUGACAGCAUGAUCAGCGCUUUACUUCUUGAACCAGUGUUGAGUCAAGGCAAUGGUUCCGCUACAGAAGCUGUGAUCGGGGCAGUCCUCGAGCGACUCAACCGGAGCGACGGGUCCGUCUGCCACGAGGAGACCAUUGGCGAUUAUGCAACCUACUUAAACUUACAGGACAACAUCACCAGCACGGCACCCGGUUUCACAUACCCGAUGAUUGACACAGACUACUAUCUCCCCGUUCUCAUGGCGCAAUACUUCAGCAGCAGCCCAUCUCGCAUCGGCCCUCUCCUCAGUCACAAGGCUGGCUCGAUCGACGUACAGAAUCGCAACCUGACCUACCAAGACUUGGCGCUCAUUAAUGCAGAGAAGAUCAUGAACCUCACUGCUGCCUUCUCCACGAACCAGACGGCGGCCAAUCUCGUCCACCUCAAGUCUGACCAGAUCGUAGGACAGUGGCGAGAUUCAACCUACGGACUCGGAGGAGGUCGGAUUCCCUUCGACGUGAAUACCGGCUUGGUUCCGGCCGCCCUGCGAGCCAUAGGCCAAUUGGCGCGUACGACAGGCGUCUUCCCCAACAACACCCAUGUAAAUAUCACCGCCUGGCGCACGCUGGCAGACUCCCGGGCACAAGUCUGGGAGGAAAACACGCUCCGGUUCUUCGAGACCAACAUCACCGCCUCGACCGCCCGUUCUCGCCUGGGACAUUUCGUGGACACGGCAACAUUCUACAACGGGCCGACCAACGCCUCGUCUCUGCCGUCCUCGGGCAACAUCACGACCUAUGCGAUCGCGCUGAACGGCUACGACAACCUGUCGUCCGUCAACGUCCAGCACAGCGACAGCAGCUUCCGCGUGUUCUUCGUCAACGCCUCGUCGUCCACGCCCGAAGCCGCGGCACAGGAGACACGCUUCAUCAACGCCACGGCGAACAGCCUGCUUCGACCCUUCCCGGCCGGCUUGAUGACACCCCAGAGCAUGGUCGUGGCGAACCCGGCGUUGUCGGGCUCGGACGUGCUGAUCGCGAACUUCACCAACGCCGCCUACCACGGCUGCGUCAUCUGGUCUUUCCAGCUGUCCAUGAUGGCCAAGGGCUUGGAGAGACAGCUCGCGAGGUGCAACACCACCAGUUCGACCUCCCCUGCUCCGGCGUGGUGCCGCAUCUCCUCGGUCUACAACAACGUCAUCCGCGCCUACAACGCGCUGUGGGACAGCAUCGAAGCCAACGCCGCGCAGCUGCAGGGUGAAGUGUGGAGCUGGACCUUCAACAACAGCACCGACCGCUUCGUCACCACGCCCUUGGGUGUCUUGCCGCCGCCGCCGGGGGUCGGGGCCGGGACCGAGAGCGAUAUCCGACAGCUCUGGAGCUUGACCUUUUUGGCCGUGAAGAGGAACGAGGACUAUAAGUGA